GAGAGGAGGGGAGAAGACGGAGCGGGACGUCAAGAACUCUCUCUCUCUCUCUGGAAUUCCGUUAUGAAUUCCGUCGCGACGGUUUUGAGGCGUCGGUCUCCUUGGCGCCGAGCAUGCUCCCACUACUCUCCCGUCUCCCCCUAUAUAUACUCCCUCUCUUCCCAAUUCUUGAAACCCUCCCCUCUUUCUCUCGUCUCCCUUCUCUCUUCUCUUCUCAGCUAGCUCUCUCUCUCUCUCUCUUGGUUUAGAGACUCUGGCCGACAGGAUGCAGCAGGAGCUGGUGACUCCCACCAAUGGCGAACGACUGAGGUCUGCCAUCGGAUCCGCGCCGUUCCUAUCUCCAGAUCAGCGGCUAUCCUCUCCCCCGUACUUCGCCAACGGUGGAGAUUUCUUUUGGCCCUAUACGUCGGUUAUCUCACCGACGGAGGGGACUCCGACUCGCGUGACUCCUCUCUCCGGCUCCGCGUCCGUGUCGCUCACCCCCUCCUCCGUCUCCUUCGACGAGGAGGACCCCGCCGCGACCGAGAACCGCCUCUACCUCGCCCGCCUCACCCUUCAGUACCAAGAGAUCGCGGAGCGCUACGAACUGUGCCUCUCCCACCUCCAGGACGCGGCCCAGGAAGCGGAGGCCCUCCGGCAGGAGAACGCGAAACUCCGAAUCUCCAACGGCGAGCUCGCCAAGCGCCUGAGCCUCCUGUCCGAUAAGCAGAGCCACCGGAUUGCGUCCAUCGCCGCCGGCGAACACCCUGCUCUGUCGAUCGUGGACGAGUUCCGCCGCCUCCGCGUCGGGGACCUGCCGGCGGAGACGAGCCCGACGAGCGUGCUGGCUUUCCAGGAGAACCGGUUCGCGAGGCGGACCGCGGAGAAGCGGGUCCUGAUGCCCAAGAGCAUCUCCGUCAGGUCCAGCGGGUAUCUCAAGCUGAACCAGGCCGGGUCGGCCGCCAACCGCAACGGCCGGCUUCGCGUCUCCAGCCCGGUCAUGCUCGGUUCGCAGCGGGUUUACGUGGGCGGGGGGAGCAAGAAGAAGGGGGAAAGAGGUGGAGAGGAGGACGAAGAGGGUUGGGAAGCGCUGGAGCUGGAGGUGUACAACCAAGGGAUGUUCAAGACGGAGCUGUGCAACAAGUGGGAGGAGAGCGGGGAGUGCCCCUACGGCGAGAACUGCCAGUUUGCCCACGGCAUCGCCGAGCUCCGCCCCGUUAUCCGCCACCCCCGCUACAAGACCGAGGUCUGCCGCAUGAUCCUCGCCGGUGACACUUGCCCCUACGGCCACCGCUGCCACUUCCGCCACGCCCUCUCCCCCUCCGACCGCUUCUUCCUCCAUCCUUCCCAAUAAUUCGUAUCUACUAUGAUCAUCAAAAGUAAUAUUAAACAAAACCAGCAAAAUCCCGAAAAUUUCCGCCUUGAUCUCCCCAUCUCAAGGAGAAGGAAAAAAGAAUAACAACAAUUCAGACAGUGGUGAGGCCAUGUGAAUAUAUAUCGAGGAGACCAUUAAUGUGGAGGUAGGUACAUAAAGCAAGGGAUUCCCACAACGGAACGCAAUACUUGAGUUAAUUUGUUCUGUAUAUAUCCCUUCUGAUGAUGAUGAUAACUAUAUUAUGUAUGAGUAGCAAUAAUUAAUGAUGAACGAUGAUAAAUAUCUUAGGAGAAGUGUUUGCUAAGGGUAGGUAAGGGUGUAUAGCUCGGCCACCAGGAAGUUUAUUUUCUCACUUCUAUAUAUUCCAUUACUCUGGUUUCCGUUUCUAUCACAUGCUGAUUAUGGCUCCUGCUAGAUAGUGGAGAAGCAAGAUGGCAGGCUGUGUUUCUCACGUGUUCUUUGUUUUCAUUUAAUUUUUCUAAUUACUCCAACGUCUCCACCAACUUCUUGUAAUGAUGGAGAGACAUGGCUAAUCUUACAAAAAAAUAUAUUUCCC